AUGUCCGCGCUUUUCAAACGUUGUUGUAGCGUGUUUUCGAGAUCGACUGGUUCCUUCUACAAACAACUGUUGAAUUGGUCCUUUGUUUCAGUUGGCCUCAAGUGUAUAAAUAAUGGAUUAUCUUUACCAGUUGCAUCGAAAAACUGCUUUUCACCACUUGGGAUGUCUCCAACCGUUAAUCUAGCUACUUUGGCUCAAAUGGCCAUUUGUGGUCCAUUUCAAAAGAAGCGUCCCCCAAAUAAAGCGAUGAACGCGAAGCCAUUCAUAAAAGGGAUUGUGCUAAAAACUUUUAUACGUAAACCCAAGAAACCAAAUAGUGCUAACAGAAAAUGUGUACGUGUCCGUUUAACUGAUGGUCGUGAAAUCACAGCUCAUAUUCCUGGUGAAGGUCAUAAUUUACAGGAACAUAAUAUUAUUUUAGUUCGUGGUGGUCGCACACAAGACCUUAUCGGAGUGAAACAUAAAGUUGUACGUGGAGUACAUGACUGCGCACCUGUUCGGAAACCAGGUUCAAAAUAAAACUUUGUAGUAAUUUAAUCCAUGGAACUUCAACAGUGUUUGUAAAGAUAAUUCGAAUUUUAUAUUUAUGCUCUUAAUUUCUCACUGUCGCGAGGUGCUUUGGCAAGUCGUUCUGUAUUGUAAAAUAUCAUGUUUGUAAUCUUCAAUUUUUUACCCUGGAUAUAUUUUUUAAAAAUUUGAACCUUAGUUUUGCAAUGGUGGAAGACUUGUAGCUCAGAGUAAGGGUAACAGCUACUUAGCAUUCUUCACGCCUUGGUAUUUGUAGAUUAAUACCGUCGAAGCUGUUUAGCCUGUUGAAAACCUAUAUUCAGAUGGCAAAAAUCGGAAGAAUUCAAGAAAUCCUCACCAUUCUUCGAGACAUGUUUAUUCUGUUCGGAAGUAGUCAUUCAAUUUUCAUCACUAUUUAUUUUACUUGUUUUUUAAUUCAACUCAGUACUAAGUGUAGAUAUCUUAUUCUAAUAACGCAAUGCUAUAAUUGUUAAACCUUGAGCAUUUUUUGUCUUUCAUUUCUAUUAAUCUUUCGUGGUCUGGGGAAAGCGUAUUGUAUUUAGAUAGUGUAUUUGUAACUAACCUUUUAGUCCGCAGCAAUUCACGGUAUUCGGUGAUCGGUUAUCAUGGUUCAAUAUGUGGGCCGGUAGAAUACAUGCUUCUCAACUUAGUUAUGUUAAAAUUCUCAAAUCUUCCCAAUAUUUUUUUGAAAAUUUAGAAAGGCUGAACUAUUGUUUGACUCUCUAAUGAGUUUAUUGACUAUAACUCAAAUAAUGAUAAGGAUGAGUCUUAUCGAAUGAUCUUGUAGUUACUUCAUUGCAAAGCUACGUUAAACUGCCUGUUUGUAAAGUGAUAAUUAUACUAUGUAUUGAUGCAAAUAAGCUUUACUGUAUGCACGUGAAAUAUGUGUUGUAAUCAGAAAGCAACAUAGUUAUGAAUGUUCCAACUCUGACUUUGAAGCACC